AUGAAAGAACCGACCAGUGGUACAACGGUUCCAACUACCAGUACUGUUGUCAAAUUAAGAGUUGAUAUAACUUUGAAGGCGGGGCUUGAGCUAUAG